UCGCCCGCUUUUUUCAAUCUUUAAAAAUCAUGGAAGUGUCCGUGGAGCCAACUUUGAGCGUUUCUACAAAUAGCGAAAUUUUGUGCGUCGAGUUUUCUCCUUAUGAAUGGAGCAAAAAUCUUAUCGCAGUUGCAUUGACCAAUGCCAUCAAUAUUUACUCAGUUCAACUACAGGAAGAAAAAGAAAAUGGAGAGACUGAGUGCAAGCUGCUGUGUGAGAGCCAAGUUGAAGGAGAGUGCAUGCACAUGGCAUGGAGCCCCAGCACGUCACUGCACUCGUCCCCACCUUCUCUAAAGCUGCUCCUUGCCACCAAUGAUGAUGUCAUCAUUGAGUUCACAACCGAUCUCAAGUCUUCGUUUGAAAAGGAACUUUUCCGUCAUAGUAACUGCAUCAAUUCUUUGGCAUGCAGUGGUAUAAGUUCUACCUCAUUGCUGCCAACAUUAUGGGCAUCAGUGGGAGAUGAUCAGCUGUUAAGAGUGUGGUCUGAGCCAGAGGAAAGAAGUGACAAUGCUUCUGAAACUGCUUUGGAAAAUUCAGCUGAGGCGAGCUUAGUCUCUGGAUGGUCUGAAAGUAUCACAUUACUAGAGCCAGGUCAGUCAGUGAAAUUCCACCCUGAGGACAGCUCGCUUGUGCUCGUGUGUGAAGUGUCAGGGACGCUGCGUCUGUACCGCAUCACGCCGUCCGAGGAAGACUCCUGCCAGCUCGUGGUGACGGCUGAGUGGUCCGUGCGCUGCCCUGCGCCGCUGCUCGACGCCGACUGGUCCUUGGUUGAUCCUGACCUCAUCAUGGCUGCCUGCUCUGCUGGAGUUGCGCUCAUCAACGUCAGCAGUAAUGGCAGCGCCCGCAAGUCCAUGCUGGUGCUGAGUGGCAGCCACAAGAACUCGCUAAGUUCAGGGUACGGCGGUGGGCGGGGCGCCGUGAAGGUGCGGGGCGCCCGCAACAGUCCUGCCCUCGUCGCUGCCGUGACCGCCAGCAACAGCGUCACUGUACUGCACGCGACCGCAUCCAGGAUACCACUGACCGCUCACCUCAAGGCGGUGGGCGGCAUCAGUUGGCAUCUGGAGCUGCCGUACCUGAGUGUGGGAUCAGACCGACGUCUGCUGCUCUGGAGGGUUGACAAGAUCUCCUAAUCGCCAGUGAAUCGAAGCCUUGGGGUUAUAUCAACCUCCAAUUAUUGCUCAAGUGAUCUCAUCAAGGUUACUUGCACAAUUUUUAACAAAGAUACAAAAAAUCGUGGCAUGUAGCACCUUCAUGUGAAGCAGGUCAUCUUCAGAAUUAGGGCUAAUUGUUCACAGAGAAAACCUCACGUGUCUUUGUAGAAUGAUGAUUAUAUGUGCCAACUUGUUCAAAAAUACAUGCUUAAUUUCUUUA